UCUCUCUCCGACUCUCCUCCCCUCGCUGCUCUGAGCUGUUGCCUCCGAAGCUGUUCACUCUUUCACGGACCUAACGGAACUAAAAAAAAGAGAAAGACAUGGCCUACACACAGCAGCCAACCCAGAUCGUGAUGACCACCACCAGUCACGGCCCUCAGGAGUGGAGCACCGGCGUGUUAGAUUGCUGCAAUGACAUGAGCACCUGUUGCUUUGGCUAUUGGUGUUUCCCCUGCAUGCAGUGCCAGACAGCCAAGGAGUAUGGCUGGUGCUGCCUGAUGCCACUGCUGGACUGCUGCUGCUUGGUGUCCUUGGCGCUCCGCUCCAACAUUAGAGAGCGCCACAACAUCCCUGGCUCAUGCUGCGGCGACCUCUGUCACCUGAUAUGGUGUUACGGGUGCGUCUGGUGCCAGAUGAAUCGUGAGCUGAAGAUCAGGAAGGGGCAGACGACCAGCACAGUGAUCACUACGCAGGUCACCCGUUAGGAAGCAGCCAUUUGGGUUAUGGGUUGAGGGCAUAUGUCAUCCAAAUAUGGCCCGCUAGUUAAUUUGUUAGUGCUGUUCUGAUAAAAACAUGUAAGAAAAGAUUAGUUCUGUUCAUGCAGUUAUAACCACUAGGUGAAAGACAAAACGUUUGUUAAUUAGCAUUAACAUCAUUUCGAUUAUUAUGCUAGUGUUCUGGAGUUUGUAAUACUCAUAUCAGCUGUUAAAUGAAAUAACCUCGCUUUUAUUUACUAUUAAUGCCAGAUGUUUUGAGUUUUGUUCGCAUCACAACAUGUUAAAUGAUUCAAGUAAGCUUGUUUUCUCUGAUUCACUCUGGCCAAUAAAAUACUGUUUCUUGUUUCAAAA